AUGGUGGCUGCAAAAUUGGCUACAGGAACAAGGGGUUGGCCAAGUGAUCUUGACCUCAACUCUCUCACACACACACACUCUCUCUCUCUCUCUCUCCCUCUCCCCCUCCUCCUUGCUUCACUCCCUCCCUUCUUCAAUUCCCAUCUCCCUCUAAAGCCUCUCUCUCUCUCCAUGGACCCAGAAAUCGCAGCCCUAAGACGCCUCUCCGAAAACUUCGACUCGGCUCUCAGCUCGGACUUCGCCGACGCCGUGAUCGCCGUCGCCUGCGGCCGAGAAAUCCCAAUCCACCGCUGCAUUCUGUCGGCGCGGAGUCCGUUUUUCAAAAACAUAUUCUCAGGCACAGAGGGGGGGCUAAAAGUGGAACUGAAGGAUUUGGCGAGGGAUUUCGAGGUGAGCUUUCACGCUUUGGUUACUGUCUUGGUGUUCCUGUACAGCGGGAGAGUGAGGUCUUUGCGUCCGGACGGUGUCUGCGUUUGCGUCGACGACGAGUGCGAGCACGUCGCGUGCCGGCCCGCCGUGGAUUUCGCGGUGGAGGUGCUCUACGCUUCUUUCGUUUUCGAGAUACCGGAAUUGGUUGCUCUUUAUCAGGGGCACCUAUUUGAUAUUCUUGACAAGAUUGCAGCAGAUGACAUUUUGGUGGUUCUUUCUCUGGCAAAUAUUUGUGGUAAGGAAUGUGAUGGACUGCUUACCAGAUGCGUUGAGAAUAUAGUCAGGUCCGAUGUUGAUAUCGUAACUCUUGAUAAAACCUUGCCCGGUCAUAUUGUCAACCGAAUUGUUGAAUCCCGCAAGGAACUUGGCUUCCAUGGUCCUGAAAGCAGCAGUUUCCCUGAUAAGCAUGUGAAAAGACUACACAGGGCUCUGGAUUCUCAUGAUGUAGAAUUAGUCAGAAUGCUUAUAAAAGAGGAGCAUACCAGCAUAGAUGAUGCAUGUGCCCUUCACUAUGCUGUGGCAUAUUGUGAUGCAAAGAUCAUAGCGGGGAUUCUUGACCUUGCAAUUGCUGAUGUUAACCACACAAGCCCAAGGGGUUACACAGUGCUUCACAUUGCUGCUAUGCGAAAAGAACCUAAGAUUAUAGUGUCUCUUCUAACAAAGGGAGCCCAACCAGCUGCUCUCACAUCAGAUGGUAGAAAAGCACUUACGAUUUCAAAGAGGCUCACAAGGGCUGCGGAUUACUACAAGUCUACUGAGCGAGGAAAAGCAUCUCCCAAGGAUCGGCUGUGCAUAGAGAUAUUGGAGCUAGCAGAAAGCAGAGAUCCAUUAUUAGGAGAAGCUUCUGCUUCUCUUGCUAAGGCAGAAGAUUAUCUGCGAAUGAAGGCGUUGUACCUUGAAGGUAGAGUUGCUUUAGCAAAAGUUCUCUUUCCAACGGAAGCAAAUGUGGCAAUGGAUGUUGCUCAAGUGGAUGGCACUUCUGAACAUCUCAAUAGGAUAAGGGCACUCGCCAAAACUGUGGAACUAGGGAAGCUCUUCUUCCCUCGUUGUUCAGAAGUGAUCAACGACAUAGUGGAUGACGAUGAUUUGUCAGAACUAUUAUGCUUACAAAACGGACCUCGAGAAGAGCGCCAAUUGAAGAAGCGACGAUUCAUGGAAAUCCAAGAAGCUUUUUCUAAGGCAUUCCACGAGGAUAAAGAGGAGUUGGACAACAAGUCUAUCAACAUAUCUUCUUCAUCGAGAGAUUCAAGACCCGUAAGAGGGGUUGGGAGGCCUAACGGUAAACUCCCUCUCAAGUGAUAAUAGGGAUCUCGACCCUGUAGAAUCCUUUUAAAAAUCUAGACCAUUGAUUCUAUAUAUGGACGUCACAUAUGCACACUACAAGUCCCCGGAUCCCUCCAAAUGGUAGAUACCUCUGGUUGAUUGAGAUGCAGAAAUGCAUCUUAUUCAUUGUACAUAUUUUGAUGUUCACAUCAAUUUCUAUCCUCUGUUGUAUUAGGAAAUGAUUGUGCAACACUACUAGCGUACAUAAUUUUAUUUUUGGGUGAUCUUAUAGAUAAGGUUAGAAAGUAAAAAGUACCGCAUCCGUCCCCAAAUAAA